CCGACAAGAACACACCGGUCAUAUCUGUCAAGUAGGUUGAAAUUCGCAUUUGACUACUUUGCGGAAUCUUGUGUCCAUUUUCGUUCAAUUUAACUGUACUACACUCCAAUUAAAAUCAUGUGACAGAGUGCACGGCCUAAAAAAUACAUUUUAUGAAUGAAAAUAGCGUUCCUAUAUUUUUUUCUGUAGAAUAUUCGUCGAAUCGGGGACGAACCAUCAAUCAAUACCUUGCCGUCAUCUUUUUAGCUAAUUUAUUAUACAAACGUAAAACUGUGUCAAUAAUCCAGUUUCGCUUAAUAGCAUUGGUGUUUUUAUACAAAACUAAGACUUAAUAUUGUGUUUUGGUGAAUAUAGAAAGAGUGUACCAGCCGAUAUAUUUUUUUACGUAACCAAAACAAGUUUAUGUUGUGCUGACCGCAUUUUAUCCGAGGGAAAGUGUUUUUCUGAUCAAUGAACGCGCUAACCCCCAACGCAACUCCAAAUAUGGUCACGAAAUGAAGCAACGCCAUCUACCAUAUGGAAAGUGAAACUACCACCGCCAUCUGGCGGACGAUGUGUGGAACCAACUGCUAACGAUGCCCAGGCUAAAGUAUGCCUCUGUGCUCAGGGUUUUCGUCAUUCUGGGCCUGUUUUGUCUAUGGGUGCAGAUUAUGCUCUCUGCCUCGAAUGGGAGCAUGUACAGAGAGUCAGAUAUAAAUAUCACUAACCCUGGACAGGACCUUCUAAAACUAGACACUGUACCGUUGGAAGAAGAGCUGAUGAACGCCAAUGAGACGUCAGAGCAAGUCCUGGCGCUGGUUCCUCCAGAACUACACAAGUACCUUCAAGUGCACCCGAAGAAUAACAGUGCGAACUCAACAGAGCGGUCUGGCCCAAAGAACAUAUCAGACAUUCGCAGAGCCAUCGAGAAGUACAACGAUGCGCAGUACAUCCACAAUGAGGACAUCUUCGGGCCGGUGCAGAAUGAUACCAUCAUUAUAGCUAUACAGGUGCACACCAGGCUGACCUACCUGAGACAUCUGAUCGUGUCGCUGGCUCAGGCCCGGGACAUCGACAGAACGUUACUGGUGUUCUCCCACGACUACUACGAUGAGGAAAUCAACACGCUCGUCCGGAGUAUCGACUUCACUAAGGUGAUGCAAAUCUUCUACCCGUACUCGAUACAGACGCAUCCCUACGAGUUCCCUGGCACGGAUCCUAGAGACUGCCCAAGAGAUGCCAAGUUCGAGCAAGCGGUCAAACUAAAAUGCCUCAAUGCGCUUCACCCAGACUUACACGGUCACUAUCGGGAGGCCAAGUACACACAAACAAAACACCACUGGUGGUGGAAGGCUAAUAGAAUCUUCAACCAGCUGCAGUGCACCCAGGGACACACUGGCCUAGUACUGUUCCUUGAGGAAGACCAUUAUGUAGCAGAAGACUUCAUACACAUGCUGAAUCUACUCCGUUCUACCGCGGACAAGAAUUGUCCCCAAUGCGAAAUAUUGUCCCUGGGGACAUACCUUAAGACUUACCAGUACCAUAUAAAUGGGGAUAGGAGAAAGAAACAAUUGACCCUCAACUACAUACAACAAGUAAAGGCAGCAAAUGAAGAAAGAAGAAGAAGGAUGCAAGAAACUCAAACGUGGAACUUCCAAGUGUACCCUAACCUUUAUUCCAAUACGCAAAAGGUCGAAAUCACCCCCUGGCAUUCCAGCAUGCAUAACAUGGGAUUCGGGUUCAACAGAACCGUCUGGAAUAACAUAAUGGAGUUGGAGCAGCAGUUCUGUGCGUAUGACGACUAUAAUUGGGACUAUUCUCUACUGCAUCUCUCCCAGAAUAGACCUGGGAAGGAGAAGUUUAAGGUGUAUCUUUGUAAAGGGCCUAGGGUGUUCCAUAUUGGAGAAUGUGGCUUCCACCACAAGAAGAGCAAUUGCAACGCGUCAACCGUCAUCAGUAAGGUCCAGAAACUGGUUCAGAACGCGAAGCCCUACAUGUAUCCCGCAAGAGUGACCGCCACCGCUACGUCUGGCGGUGCCAAGCAUAAUAAGAGGUUGACUAAGGGAAACGGCGGCUGGGGAGAUAUACGAGAUCAAGAGUUAUGUACCAACAUGACGAGGGUAGGUCGUCAAAUGAGGAAGUACUUUUACCUCGCAUAAUGUAAGUGGUUGGUUAGAGACACAUGAUUAUAUUCGACACUUAGUUCCAAAAUACUGAACUGUCCUAUCCAUGACAUUGACAGCGGGGCGCCACCGUCAAUACCGGAUCGCUGGUUCCGAUUUUUGCCAUGUUGGAAACCAUAUAGUUGAACGAUGGUAGCGCCCCCCUGUCAUUGAGUUUGGUGGGACAGUUCAGCCACGGUAAUAAUAUCAUACAGUAUUGUAACUUCAUAUAAACAGACGAAACGAGAACUUUCUUUCGAAAUUCAAAUCUCGGUAUGCGCUCGGUAUGCAAAAGUCGGGGGUGUCGCGAAUGGGCCGAAUGGACGUCGGUGGCCAAGUGUUAAAAAUGACAAAACUGAUUGAAUUUGACUGACCGUCAUUUACGGUCAAAUUGGUCAAAAACUAGUCAAAUUGUCAUUUUCAGUCAGUUUGAUUUGAAAUGAAAAUUAUAUUGUAUCAAACCAGCUUUUGCCCACGACUUCGCCCGCCCAAAAUUAAAGUAACAGAUCAUUAUGAUUAUUAAAGUUUCGAAAUUAUUUAAGUAGUUUUUACUAAAUUAAAUCUACUAAUCACAAAACAACACACAUUUUAAACCUAAUGGAUAGGUCACAAAGUAUUUUGUUUGUCUAACUAAAUAAAAAAAUACAAUCACAAAACUAGAUAGAAAUUCUAAGUAGGCAGAUGUAAUUAAACUGGGCAGCCCUACCGCAUGUUGUCAUACUGUGACGUACCGCGCGACUGUUGACAUUUAUUACAAAAAUAUGGCCGAGUUGGAAUACUGUAUAGAUAGUAUUACCGUGGUUCAGCGUGAGUCAUCUAUACAGGGUGUUAGGUAAAUGGGUAUAUGAGCCGACACUAG